UAAUUUUAUAUUAAAAUUAUGCGCUCUCUGAAAAAAAAAUUAGUGGUUCUUUCAACUCAAACCAACAAAAUUAAAUUAUACUUAUAAUAUGAUCUUAGAAUUGUUUUUUAAUCAUGUUCAAUUUUAAGCAAUUUUCAAAUAUUCUAUAAAAUUAAAAUAUAUUUUUAUAUAAAAUAAUUUUACUGUAACUUCACCCGCCCGAAGGGCGGGCCAACCCCUAGUAUAUACAAAAGCAAAGAGUUUUAACUUUUAACCGUAUUGUUAUAAAGAAUCGGUUAUCUUAAAACCAAACUGUAAAUGGGAUUUAACGGUCUUUAAAAGAAAGAAGAGUGUUAGCGUUUGGAUCAAAUGGGCGAUUGAAUGAAACGUCCCCGUGGGCCCACUAGUAAGCCCAUUUAAAAGUAGAAGCAGCAAUUUAAAACAAACUCAAAUUUCGAAAACAACCAUUUUCCCUCUCUCUCCAUCACACAAGAGAUAUGGAUUCGAAAACCACUCCACUGAAACCCAACGUUUCGGAUUCGCCUUCGAUCUCGAAGGUUAGGGUCGUCGUUAGAGUUCGUCCGUUUCUUCCUCCCGAGAUCCCCGACGUCCGAUCGUGCGUUUCCGUAGUCGACGGCGAUGGUAGAGAUUCCAGCGAAGUGGCGGUUUACCUCAAAGAUCCCGAUAGCUGUCGCAACGAAUGCUAUCAGCUGGAUGCGGUUUACGGGAAUGGCGAUGAGAAUGUGAAGCAGAUCUUCGAUAGAGAUGUCAACCCUUUGAUUCCUGAUAUUUUUCAGGGUUUCAACGCUACUGUGCUUGCUUAUGGAGCUACUGGAAGCGGUAAAACGUUUACGAUGCAGGGAACUGAUGAUCUGCCUGGCCUGAUGCAACUGACCAUGUCCACCAUUCUGUCUAUGUGCGAGGAGACAGCAAGUAGAGCAGAGAUUUCAUAUUAUGAAGUUUACAUGGAUAGAUGUUGGGAUCUCCUUGAGGUUAAAUCUAACGAGGUUGUUGUUUGGGACGAUAAGGAUGGGCAAGUUCAUCUUAAGGGGCUGUCUAGUAUCCCAGUUAACUCCAUGUCUGAGUUUCACGAGGUGUACUCAUGUGGCCUUCAGCAGAGGAAAGUUGCACACACUUGUUUUAAUGAUGUCUCUAGUAGAAGCCAUGGAGUGCUAGUGAUCUCAGUAUUCUCAGAAGGGGGUGUCAUUGGAAAAAUCAAUCUGAUUGAUCUGGCUGGUAGUGGAGACAAUAGAAAGGGAGUCAAUGAAGGAAUCCGUCUACAAGAGAGUGCCAAGAUUAACCAGUCAUUAUUUGCACUCUCCAAUGCGGUUUAUGCUCUGAUUAAUAACCUCCCAAGGGUGCCUUACAGGGAAAGCAAAUUGACUAGAAUACUGCAGGACUCACUUGGAGGAACGAGUAGAGCUCUCAUGGUCGCAUGUCUGAAUCCGGAUGAAUACCAAGAAUCUCUUCGCACUGUUAGCUUGGCUGCAAGGUCAAGGCACAUCACAAACAUCAUACCUUUGAAUCCCAAGGUAGAGACUCCUAAGGUUAAAAUAGAUAUGGAAGCAAAACUGCAAGCUUGGCUGGAAUCAAAAGGGAAGACUAAAAGCGCCCAUAGAAUGAUGGCAGCAAUACGUUCUCCGCUGAUUGGUACAAAUCAACCUUCAUUUUCUCAAAGCUCGGUCAAGAAACUCGGCUGUCAUCAAUCAGCCACUGCAAGAAGUGCUAAACUUACUGGCACAGGGAAAAGGGACACAUUUGUGGCUGUCAGGAACUUAUUUGGUGGGGAAACUCCUGAUGCUUCACAUUUAUUGGAACCAAUUCAGAAUCUGCACUUAGCUUCUCCAACCAAAGAAGAUGAGAGAGACGCAUCUGGCAAAGAGAGUCUGUUGGUUUCUGAACUCACUCCUGUUCGAGAAGCUCUAUCUCCGAUAACCUCAAAUGCAAAACCAAACUCAGCUGAUGGGUCACCUCCGAUGCUCAAACCAAUGACUCCAAAAACACCUAUGAUUUCUACAAACGCUGAGAAUAUGCAGAUGAGUGGCACAUGCCAGAAGUUCAAUGCUUGGAGCACUAAUGUCAAGACUUCUCUCAUAAGAGAAUAUGUUCACUUCUUGAAUACAGCAAACAUGGAAGAGCUAAUGGAGUUGAAGGGAAUUGGACAGAAGAUGGCUGAGUAUAUUGUUGAACUCAGAGAAACAAGCCCUCUAAAAUCGCUUGCUGACUUGGAGAAGCUCGGUUUCACCUCAAGACAGGUACAUAAUUUGUUCAAGAGAGCCACAGAAGGGAUUCUUUGAGAAACCAGUCUCUGCUACAACAACAACGCCUUAGUUGUUCUGUCUCUACCAAACAACAACACUCGUUGGGUUUUUUAAGAACUUGUGUCGGAGUACUACAUUUUAAUGAUUGUCAACUUAAGCUUUUGAGUAGAGAGACAUGGCUUGAUCUUAUGCUGUGUAGUAACUUUAAAUAUCUGAAUGAAACUUAAGACUCAGACCCAUAAUACUUUUGGCUUAUAUUUAGUCGCAGAGAUAAAGCUUACAGAGAUAUCUCAUGACCAAACCAAAAAAACACA